UUAGCACAAGAUUAUUACAGUUAAUUGGAAUCGACUUCUAAUGUUGCACUUACGUUGCACCAAUGAUGGGAGAUUGGAAUUUGCUGGGCAGCAUCCUAGAAGAAGUCCACAUCCACUCUACCAUAGUGGGAAAGAUUUGGCUAACAAUCUUAUUUAUCUUCAGGAUGCUGAUCUUAGGAGUAGCUGCUGAAGAGGUCUGGGAUGAUGAACAGCUCGAAUUUAUCUGCAACACCGAUCAACCUGGCUGCAAGAACGUAUGUUAUGACAAAGCUUUCCCCAUCUCUCUAAUACGAUACUGGGUGCUGCAGACUAUUUUUGUGUCUUCUCCAUCACUUGUGUACAUGGGCCAUGCACUUUAUCGAUUGAGGGCUCUAGAGAAGGACAGACAAAGAACAAAAACUCAGCUGAAAGCUGCCCUGGAAGACAAUGAACGCAUGACAGAGGAACAAAGGAGAAUAGAAAGAGAACUAAGAAAGUUAGAGGAACAAAAAAAGCUGAACAAAGCUCCUCUGAGAGGGUCUCUUUUAGGCACCUAUGUGCUGCAUAUCUUAACAAGGUCUGUAGUGGAAAUAAGUUUCAUGGUGGGUCAAUUUUUCUUGUACGGAUUUCAACUGGACCCUCUUUAUAAAUGUACACGGCUGCCAUGCCCAAACACAGUAGACUGCUUCAUAUCGAGACCAACUGAAAAGACUAUAUUUAUGGUGUUCAUGCUUAGCAUUGCUGCCAUCUCAUUGUUGCUGAAUAUUUUAGAAAUCUUCCACUUGGGUAUUAAAAAGCUUAAGCAAGGUAUUUAUGGAAUAUCCAGAGGAUCUGAUAUGGGAGAAGAAGUUGAUGUCUACAAGUCAAAGAAGGCAUCCGUUCUGCAACAGGUCUGUAGUAAGGCUAAUUCAUCACCUCAUAAAAUCGUGCCCUUGUCCCAAAGUGGUUACAAAUUAUUGUCUGAGCAAGGUAUUGACACAACCCUCCCUGCUUACUUGGCACCGACAGCACGCUUUAAGAUGACACAGGAAAAAGGAAAAAAACAAAAAGAGCAAGAGCUGAGCAGCCGUAGCAACCACUGUGAAUCUAUUGGUAGCAAGCAGUACAAUGGGCAGAAUCAUGUGGGUUAUAAGAUGGAACAAAAUCAUUUAUCGUACGAGCGCAAAGAAUCGCAGAGGCAAUGGCUUUACGACAAUCAAGGCAGUCAGCACCAUGGACAGUUCAAAGACAAGAAUCACUUUCAGGACUUGGGACAACGACUAGAUCGAUCUAUUUGUCCCGGACAGAAGAUACAGGAAGAUGGGGAUCCUUCCUCCAGCAGCGAUGACUCCCACACCAGACCCCGCCCAAAUGGACUGGGUCCCAGAAAUGGCCAGAGGAGUGACUUCACCUUAAAUCAACCCAAGUCUAGCUGUUCUCACCCUACAUUGUUUCAUUCCAGCCAAACUGAAAUUACUGCAGGUGUUCGCAAGCACAGCAGAGUAAGCGUUUGCAGUGACCAUUGUGAUAACAGAAUCGAGUCUCCAGACAUUGGGCAUAUUCAAGGCAGGCGAAAAUCCAGCUUCAUGUCUAGAGUAGUAUCUGAAAGCAAACUAACCAGUAAAUGUGGGAGCUCAAGUUCCAGCAGUAGUUCUGAGUCGGAAUCUAAACAACAUUCAGAGACACCCCUUACACCUCCUCCACACCAUCUGUCGGGACGGAAGAUGUCAAUAGUCUGGUUUGGGACAUCAGGUUUGGGCCUGACAUCGUAAACGUCACUGAAAGACAAAGCUCUUAGAGGUUCUUACCUUCAUGAAAUAGUGAAUGGACAUAUAAAAACAGUGUUCUCAACUAAGUGGGAUAAAGAGAUCUCCAUGCAGACAACGAAGAUGAGGAAAACUGUAUUUUGAUUUUGAUUAAAUACAAAUAUGUCCAUGUCCCAGAGCAUAUGAAAUCUAAGGUUUAAGAUGUAGAAAAACGUAAUGAUCGUACCUUAUAUCAAAGUGUCGUUAAUCGUGUGCAGUAACUAAGGUCUUCCACAUUUAAAUGUGCUAGUUAAUAUAAAUAGCUGUACAUGAACAACAACAAAAGUAACAUUAUCUCCCAGGCAGUAUAUCUAAGACUGUAUUUGAUAAUAUGAUACAAUAAAAAAGCUUUUUGAUUUU